ACUGUCAGGUCGCUGUGUCAGUCUGCUAGAUGAGCUGACAGAGUGAGAGACAGAGAGGAAGAGAGAGAGAGGAAGAGGGAGGGGCAGAUAUAGAGAGGCAGUGAGAGAGAGAGGGUGAGAGAGAGACUGAGACAGACAGACAGACAGACACAGUCGGGGAGGGAGUGUGUGAGAGAAACUGCAACGAGAGACACCAAAAUUGAGAAUUGGACAGUACCACCAGAGAAAAAUGAUGGCACCCAUGGGUGAUGUUGUCCACCUGUUAGUCAUCCUGUCCUUGUUGGAGAAGGGCAAUGCCAAAGUGAGACACUUCAAAGCAGCAGGAGCCACAGCACCAGGAGAUAUCAUCAUUGGAGGGCUGUUUCCCAUCCAUGAGGGAGUAGAGGAAUCCCCCAACAUCUCAGCACCCCAUGAACCACAGUGUGCCAGCAGGUUCAACAUGAACAGGUUUACCCAGGCAUUGGCUAUGAUCCACGCUGUAGAGUCGGCCAACAGAUCCCCUGUCCUGACUACACUAGGGAUCUCUCUGGGGUACCGUAUCCACGACUCCUGCUCUGAUGUCACCACCGCUCUGAGGGCCUCAGCUGACUUCACACAGGAUCCCACCACGGACUGUGGGGGAGGGGCCAACACCUCUAACUCUUCCCCGCCAAUUAUGGCCGUCAUAGGGGCCUCUUCCUCUGAGAUUUCCAUCUCCAUUGCCCGGCAACUCAACCUAAAGCUCAUCCCUCAAAUCAGUUACGCCUCCACCGCCAUCAUCCUGAGUGACAAGAACCGUUUCCCUGCUUUCCUGAGGACCGUACCUAGCGACGUGUACCAGACACGGGCCAUGGUCCAGUUGCUUAGCGACAGCAAAUGGACCUGGGUCGGCGUGGUCACAACGGAUGGAGACUACGGCCGCUCUGCCCUGGACAGCUUCGUCUCCCAGGCAACCGCCUCAGGGAUCUGUGUGGCCUUCAAGGAGAUCCUCCCUAAUUCACUAACCAGUCCUGACAGCGAAUCAGCAAUCAGCCAAGCCGCCGCCACCCUCCUCGGGAACCCCAAUGUCAAGGUGGUGGUGUCAUUCGCCAAGCCUACUCAGAUGAUGUACCUAUACCAGAAGCUGAGGAGUCUGGGGUCGGGGCUGGGGGAGAGGGUAUGGAUCGCCAGUGACAGCUGGUCCUCGUCCAAGGAGGUCCUGGGAGAAAUGGACCUCCCAGAUAUUGGCAAUGUGGUGGGCUUCUCCUUCAAAAGAGGCAACCUGGCUCCUUUCCAUCACUACCUGAUGAACCUGAGUGACAUCAAUGAUGUCAUAGGAAACAACUCCUUCCUAAAGGAGUUCUACUCACUGCCAAACAGGUCAGAAAACUCUGGGGUUUUGUCCUCCGCCACAGUCCCAGCAGAGAUCCUGCUAAACAACAGCCAUGUGAACUUAGUCUUCAAUGUGGAGAUGGCUGUCAGUGCCAUCGCCCAUGCAGUGGCUGAUAUCUGCAGCAAAAAGGACUGCAAGACACCAGGCACGGUCCAACCCUGGGAGGUGCUUGGAGCCCUGAAGGACAGUUGCUUUGAGCUGGAGGGGAAAAGCUACAUGUUUGACCAGAAAGGAGACGUCAACCUGGGCUAUGAUGUAAACGUGUGGAGGUCUGUGAGAGGGGUCAUCGACGUCCAUGAUGUUGCAGCUGAGUACCAUCCAAUCAACAACAGCUUCAGCUACACCAGCAGAAACACCAAACAUCUUAUUGACCUGAGGGAUGUGGUGUCUGUUUGCUCGCCUAGCUGUGAACCUGGGAAGUUCAAGAAGUUUGCUCAGGGUCAGCACACCUGCUGCUAUGAAUGCAUCAACUGCACUGAGAACUACUACUCCAACAACACUGACAUGCACCAGUGUCUCUCUUGUGAUACAAAGAGAGAGUGGUCCCUGGAAGGGAGCUCUGGGUGUACCCAUAAGACCCUGGAGUUCUUCUCCUGGCAGGAUGGCUUUGCGGUGGCGCUGCUGACACUGGCGGCCCUGGGUAUCGUUUUGGUUCUCCUGGUGGGGGCUCUCUUCCUACACCACCGCCAGACCCCUGUUGUGAGGGCUGCCGGGGGGCCUCUCUCCCAGAUCAUCCUGCUCUCUCUAGUGGGAAGUUUUGUUAGUGCUGUGUUCUUUGUAGGUCAUCCCAGCAGCCUACAGUGUAAGGUGCGUCAGGUGCUGUUUGGCCUCAGCUUCACCCUGUGUGUUUCCUGCAUCUUGGUCAAGUCCCUGAAGAUCCUGCUGGCCUUCCAGCUCAACCCUGACCGGAAGGAUGUUCUCCGCCGCCUCUACCAACCGUAUGCCAUCAUCUGUCUCUGCGUGGCCCUACAGGUCCUCACCUGCACCCUGUGGCUGGUCCUGCAGAGCCCCCGGGAGAAGGCCACGGUCUUCACCACCACUGUGUUGGCCGAGUGUGACGAAGGCUCCCAAGUGGCGUUUGGUGUGAUGCUGUGCUACAUUGCUGUCCUGGCGCUCGUAUGUUUUGCCUGCGCGUUUAAAGGCCGCAAGCUGCCACAGAAGUACAACGAGGCCAGGUUCAUCACCUUCAGCAUGCUCCUCUACCUGAUGUCUUGGCUGAUAUUUGUGCCCGUCUAUGUGACCACCUCUGGGAAGUACCUGCCAGCAGUGGAGAUGGUGGUCAUCCUCAUCUCCAACUAUGGCAUCCUCAGCUGUCAUUUCUUCCCCAAGUGCUACGUCAUCCUCUUCAAGAAGGAGAACAACACCAAGAGUGCCUUCAUGAAGAACGUGUUUGAGUAUUCCAGAAAGGGCAUUACUUACUCUAGCUCUGUCUCUGAGACUUCAGUCUCUCAGACAGAAGGGUAUCGCAUCAGUCACCCUUACUCCAUCAGUUCACCUUCCUUCUUCAUGUCUCCUCCACCAAUAGAACCCACAGCACAUCAGAACUGCUGGUCCGUUGACCAGAACAUUCAGAGCAUUGACCCUGCAACCCAUUGCACCGUCAUAGACCAUGGAGUGUUUGUCACAGGUCAGCUGACUCGACCACACCGUCUGAGGAGAAGCAUGAGCCUAUGAGUGGAGUGGACCAGUGUCUGGAACGUUUACAUCCUACAGUACAUCACACUGUGUGUCUCUGUGAUCCUCUCUUUGGUUUGACUGUUCCCAUUUUGCUUAGUCUACUGGUAUGUUUUUUACCCAAGUGGGUUGUUAUUACAUUCAAGUCAAUUUGGGUAACACUUUAUUUUGACACUGAUAUGGACAUGACAGUGUCAUAAACAAACAAACUCUGUCAAACUCUGUUAAGCGUCAAUGGUGUACAGGGUUGAUUUAUUUCUGAACUGCAUAUGGGGCGGCAGGUAUCCUAGUGGUUAGAGCAUUGGACAAGUAACUGAAAGGUUGCUAGAUUGAAUCCCCGAGCUGACAAGGUAAAACUCUGUCCUUCGUCCCUGAACAAGGCACUUUAUUUUACACUGUUAUUGUCAAACUCUGUCAUACAGUGUUAUAUUCAUCUAUAAAUAUUUGUAUUGGUUAAGCGCCAAUGGUGUACUGGGUUGAUUUAUUUCUGAACUGCAUAUGAUUUCUAUACUGUGUGAAAUGUUCUAACUAAGCAUCAUGGAGAAUGUUGGUUUUUGCUAUAGAUAUACCAUCAUGCUGUGUGUUGGAUCCCUGAUUAGGCCUUUUCUAUGUGUAAUGUAUACAGUAAACAGCAUUUCUAUCUAUUAUGGGGGCUGAUGCAGCAGGAUACAAAUGAGAUAUUACAUUUCAUAUAGAAAACAAGUCUACGAUAAACACAAUAGUUGGAAUUUGUGUCAGUUUCUUAAUGCAUGCCUGGUUUGUCAGUGGAUGUUAUUGAAGUUCUUACAUAUUUCUAAACACCUUGACAUGUAUUUCCACAUUAUUCAUAUAUAUUAUUCAUGUAUAUAUUAACAUUACUUUGUGUACAGUAUAUUAAACGUUUGAAUGUGCAGUUGACUUUCA